GAAGUAUGUUAAUAAUGUGAUAAAAUUUAAUUAAAACAAAUUUUUUUAUCAAAAAAUACGAACGUUUCUAUUGUGAGAAUUAAUUUCAGAAAUUACGACAUUGCUUUGAGUAACAAAAUAAAAUAAUAAUAUAAAAUGAAAAUAGUUUUAGUUUAUCUAUGAUAAAGAGAAGCAAUGAUUUGUAAAAAAUAUGAAAUAUCCAGAAAUUGAUGCCCAUCAUCAUAAAUGAAUGCUGAAAAGUCUAUAUCGAUUGUGUAUCUGAAAAAAAUUUUAUUCGAACUAGUAGUGCGAAAGAAUGAAUUUUUCGCGUUAUUUAUGGAGGAUGAAACUAAGGAGAACUAUAUUGUGGGGUGUAACUCUAAAAUGUGCUCCAUAUGAGAUAAUAAAAAAUAUAGUUCAAUAACUUUCCACACUAGCGCUCGCAAGCAAUUCGGCGACGAUAUAAGGAAAUGUAUUUUAUUAAUUUAUAUAAAGUAAAGAAAUUAAAAAAGGCGGAUAAUGAAUACAUAACGUAGUGAAACGAAAAGUAAUCCAAAAACGUGAAGCUCCGAAUUAUUAAUUGAAGGGAUUUAUAUUUUUAUCUUUAGUAUUUAAAGUAACUAUUUAAUGAAAAUGGUGAAAAUUUGUGCAGUUAAAUCUUGUUCAAGUGGUUAUAAAACAAAAAAAGUAAAAGGAGAAGCAUUGGGCUCUGUGUCUUUUUUUCAAGCAUCGACCCUAACAAGAUUACAAGAUUGGUCUAAAUCUCUAGGUAUGAAUUUGAAGUUCUCUGAUUAUAUUUGUCAGUACCAUUUUCAAGAGAAAGAUAUCAAAAUGUAUGACAAAAUUGUUAUUGGGAAUACUAUCCAUUUACAUUACCGUCUUAAAAAAACUCUUCAACCAAAUGCAUUGCCAACUAUUGAACACCAGUUUAAAUUAAUACCUGAAUUUCAACAGGAAGAAAUAACAAUAAAAGAAGAAAACAUAAAAGAAGAACCAAUACAAGAACAACAACCUGAACAAGUACAACAAUUGGAAUACAAUGACCAACAACAACAAAAUCAAUUUAAACAAUUUCAAGAACAGAAAUAUAACAUACCAGACAAUCACUACGAGCAACAAACAUUUGAAGUCAAACAGACAAUAGAAUGCAUGAGGCAAAACAUUCCAGUACUACCACCGAAUUGGUUAUAUACAAUAAAACCUAAUGAAAUUGAGUUUAUGAGGUUCGAUCCUGCAAGUAAACAAAUUAAAAACCACAUUGUUCUAAAUGAAGAUAUAUCUGUUUCAGUAAUUUUCCUCACUAAUGAACGAUUAAAUUUAGAUAAUAAGCUAACUUCAUCGGAUGAAAUUUUAAAUUUUUUAAAAUAUGUUGAGAGGUGGCCAUUAUGUGUUGGCACUCAAAUGGACAAAAGCAGAUAUUCAAAUGGAUGUAAAGGCGUUAUAAUUGGUGAUGAGACUUACAAAAGAAAUCAAAUGAAUCCUCGGUGCAAAUCAUGCAGAGUUCUUCGUUAUCGGUUACAGAAAUGCAAGAGUAGUACUUUAGAUAAAACAAGUGAAUUGAAACGACGAAAUGAAAAUAUGACCAAGCAGUGUAAACGUUUAAAGAAAUUGAAUCUAAAACUAAAAGAAGAAAUUUUUGAAUUGAAAGUGCAAUGUGCACGUAUGUCCAAGAAUUACCAGAAGAAGUUCGAGCCAUUGUUGUGAAGCAAUACAAAAAAAGUGCAAAAGGACGACCCUACACUUGGAUAUAUGAAUGCAUUAUGAUUAGAAUAAAAAGUACGAUAGCCUAUGGAA